AUGUGGACUCUGAAUAGGACUUCAGUGAAUGGAUUCAUUCUUCUUGGCUUUACCAGCCAUCCUGUACUGCAGCCUCUCCUCUUGGUGUUAUUUUUCACUUUGUCUCUCAUCACUGUUCUUGGGAACAGCCUGAUCAUCUUCUUGGUCUGGAUCAACUCCCGUCUCCACACAGCCAUGUAUUUUUUCAUUGGUAACUUAUCUUUGCUGGAUAUAUUCUUUACACUGAUCACUACCCCUCAGAUGCUAGCCCACAUGGUUUCUAAUACUAAGGCCAUCUCUUACAACAGAUGCAUGUCCCAACUGAACUUAACUCUCUCCUGUGGGAUAACUGAAUGUUUCAUUUUAGCUCUCAUGGCAUAUGAUCGUUAUGUGGCCAUUUGCUGGCCACUGCGAUAUCCCAUCAUCAUGAGAAUGCCAAUGUGCAUGCAGAUGGCUGGGAUAUGUUGGUUUGGAGGCUUUUUCAAUGCUGCAGCACUGACAGUCUGCACAGUAAAUUUCCCCUUCUGUGGACCUAAUCAAAUCAACCAUUUCUUUUGUGAAGCACCAGCUGUGCUUCAACUAGCUUGUAUGGACACCUACGUGAUGAAGGUACUGAUCUUUGCACUGAGUGUAAUUGUCCUCAUGCUUCCUCUUAGCUUUAUAGUGAUCUCUUACCUCCACAUUGCCCGAGUGGUCUUCAAUAUGCAUUCAGCUGAGGGGCGACAAAGGGCUUUCUCUACCUGUGCCACACAUCUCAUCAUUGUUGUGUUGUUCUACAGCACCAUCAGCUUUACAUACUUGCAGCCCCAGUCUGAGCAUUCUGCAGAUCAAGAGAAGAAAGCUGCAGUCUUCUAUUCUUUGGUCUCCCCCAUGCUCAAUCCCAUCAUCUACAGCCUGAGGAACAAAGAUGUUAAAGAGGCUGUAGCUAAAGCAAUGGGGAAAGUUAAUUAA